UCUGUCUAAAUAAUUUGAGUCAUAAAUUAGCCAUAGUUUGUUUGUGUACUUGUAUAAAUAUAUACGUAUACAUAUAUAACGUAAAAUAUUCAGUUACAAACUUGCGUAUUUCUAUUACUACAUUUUAUAUAAGUUCGUACAUAAUUUAAUUUCUAGUUUAAAUAGUGCUUCGCAUAGCUAAGAUGAAAAGUAAGAUUAUAGGGCCAAUGUUUGAUUUAAGAGGGUCUAUGAGAUAACGUCUACUAACAUUCGGUGGGUUAUUGGAAUGUGGGCUCUGACUCGACAAAGUAUCUGAGGUCAACCGCUAUGUGUCGGCUUUUAAAAAUACUGUAGUUGUAAAGAGAACAACAAACGCCGCGUCACACGCUCUUCAGAUACUCUUUUUCUUUCGAACCAUAUAUAGAAAAAAAAAAAAACAAUGUUAAUUUCAGUAAUCUCUUACAUGCGCUCUUUCUCUACUAUACCUUUUAAAUGUUGCAAUUCAUAAUUAUCAUAUUGGCGUGUAUUAUAUGCACAAUUAACAAUUUGUGAUUUUUGUUUUUGUAGAAAAAUAUAAGAAAACAGUUUAUUCGCUAGUUUUGACUACUUUUGACUUGUAAAAUCGAAAAUACUGAAAAGAAAUGCAACCCUGCUAGUUGUUGUUGUUGUCUCUUUUCAUCUCCGAUUCGGUUCAUUUCCAUUCCGAAGUAGAAAUAGAAGCAAAAGUAAAAAAGGCAAAAUUUCCAUUGUGUAUAGACGACUUGCAGCACUUGUAUGUCGUUUAUUCGUUGGUUAACAUUUUUUCUUGUUCGCUAUCGCUGUGGUCAAUAAUAUUUCAAGUUGCAUAUAAACAAAACAUAAAAAAUUCCAAAUUUUAUUAAACUCAUACAAAGUAUAAAUCAUACGCAUCCAUAAGAAUAAUAAUUGAAGAAAAAUGUCUACACAAAAUAUCUGAGCAUGCAGUGGAAAAUUUAAUAAACUACAUACAUUACCUACCUAUUAUUUUUUAUAUUUUGUCUACAUCAACAUCAACGAUUAACGAAAAACCAGCAACACAAACGGUGAACCACAAGCAAAGCAACCAGUCAUUCAGCCAACGACCAUCGACUUUCAUCGCAAUUCGCUCUCUUCUCAUUAUGUUGCGUCGCAACAAAGCAACAAAAAUCUGAGGGGCAUCGGUAUUAGUCGGUGACUGUUGUGUCGGAAACAGUAGUAGCAGUGUUGGUUGCUGCUGCUACUACCCUUCAUCAUCAACAGUGAACAGUGAAGAAAACAGAGAAAAAAUAUAUAUCAAAACAUAAAAAAAAAUAAUAAAAGUGUAAAAGUGUUCAUACUCGCGCGCGCCGCUGUUCUUUCUAUCUAUCGUAACGUCACCGGUUCUCACAUAGUGCCGCCGCCACUCGUCUGCUCGUUUGUUGGCCGCGCUUACUCGUUCGCACAUUUAGUUAGUAUCCCGUUCAGUUGUGCUGUUUAUCGGUGGCGGUGGUGUUGUUGCACGAGUCGUCGUCAUCGUCAUCAGUGGCAAAACUCGUGCAAAAAUUGCAAAAGAGCAGAGCACAAAUUUCAUUGUCGCUGAACUGUGUUUGUUUGCGUGUGUUUGUUAGUGAGAAAUCGUAGUCGCAGUAGCGACUAGUCGAUCGUAAACGUCGACAGUGUUGUUAAUGUACUAAAAAUUGCACUGGUAUUAGUAAAAUUGUGGUUGGUUGGUAAUUUCGAAAUUGAUUUACCUGAAACCGAAUGUUAAUUCGAAUCGGAAUCCUAAUCCAGUAUAGUGUUAAAAAUGUAAAGCGGAAUGAAUACAAAGUAAAAACGAAAUUGUAACAAAUAUCGUAAGCCAAGUGCAUGAAAAACCAAAGAAAGUGCUUAAAGUGCGAAAGCAAAUAGAAUAAAAAAUAAAAAAAUAAAAUAAAAAUAAAUAAUAAACAAGUAGUAAAAAAAGUAUCUAAAUAUUCGUUUUUAUUACUUAGCGACAAAGUUAAAUUAAAAAAAAAGUCGAAAUAAUAAGUGUAUGCGAGACGAAGAUAAGUUGUGGAAAAAAUAAAAAGAAAACAGUAACAGUAGUGCAACAAGGGCACUUCCUAUUACCUACCUGUGCGUCAGAUCGUUAUAACGUUUGCGCGUGUGUGUGUAGAUGUGUUUGCAUGUGGGGGUUUAUUUAUCAAUUCGCUUUCGCAUAGUAUGCGAUUCACGGCAGUUGAUCAAAGCAUAACCAAAAAGUUAUAAACGCCAAUAUAACGAUAGCAGCCAGUGUAUUAUAUACAUAUGAAUGUAACAGUAACUGAGCAAACGACACGGUAAUGACGUAGGCAUUAUAGUGAAAAUAAAGUGAAAAAAAAAAAUAAAAUAUAUCGUUUAGUUAUACUAAAAUACAGAAGCAACGAAGCUUUUGUCAGCUUUUGUCUUGCGUGGUGCAGUGUAGUAGUAGUUCUCAUUUAAUUGAAAUUUUUGCUGAGACGCAAAUAGCUUAUUAUCAACGAUAAUUGAGAAAAUGAGGAGCUGUUGUGUAAAAAAAAUACAUGAACUAUGACGCAUCAAAAUCAUCAGACCAACGGCGCUAGUUUGGAGGAUUGCCAUACAAACUUCUUUGCCCUGACUGAUUUAUGCGGAAUUAAAUGGCGUAAGUUCGUAAACAGCGAACGAGUAAAUGCGUCAAGUGAUCCAUUAGAUGAUCCCAUCCUGCGCUCCUAUUCACGAUGUAUGCAAGCUGACAUUCUCUGCGUGUGGCGUCGCAUACCGUCCACCAAACAGGAUAAUUCGGAUUUAAAUCCGAUUUUUGAGAUUAGUACAUCGAAAGUACAUCCACCACUUUCGUUAGCCGCCGCCAAAGAAUUAUGGAUAUUUUGGUAUGGCGAAGAGCCAGACCUUAGUGAAUUGGUCGAUGCGGAAUUAUUGAAAGUAGCCGCAAACCAAGCACUUUGGAAUGGCACAUGGGAGCGGGGUCUUACAUACGAGUGCCGGUCGCUAUUAUUCAAAGCUUUGCACAAUUUAAUGGAGCGGUUCGUGCUGACCAAAGAUAUUGUGCGUUUUGGAAAAUGGUUUGUGCAGCCGUGUACCUCCAAUGAUCGACUCUUUGGCCGAAGUUCUCAACACCUUUCAUUCUCGUUUACGUUCUUUGUGCACGGCGAUACGGUAUGCGCAUCGAUUGAUUUGCGUGAGCACCCUGCGGUGCGUCCCUUAUCCAAGGAGCAUUUAACGGAAGCGGCUGCCGCUUUUGCCGCCGCUAGCAAUUCGCAAACACUGUCUCAAUCUCAUGAACAUGGCAAUGCUGCUACGAAUUUGCCAGAAGAUGUGGCGAGUCCACACAAUCCGAAUAGUGGCGGCGCAACGGGAGAAGGAGGUGUCAACAACUCAAAUACGAACGCCUCCUCCACACCCAAGCCGCGACGUGUAAUAUUAGCGCCAUUUGGUAUGGCAGCCACACUCACAGGUAAUAGCUUUAAAGCUACAGAUCCAAUGGCCGAGAAGAUCUUAGAGGAUUGGGCAUCAUUUUUCCCUUUGUGCAAUAAGGAAAACUCCGAUGUGCCACCGGUGGUUGAAGUUGUGUCGGGCGGACAUAAAAUGUAUCAUCCCUCAAUUUAUGUACUAGUCACUGAUUUGGAUGACAUGGAGGAAAUGGAAGCGGCUGCAUUGCAGAAGGGCUCAUUGGGCACAACAUCUUCUGCGGAGGCUGCCGCAUUGGCGGCUAUUUCAUCUGCGAAUACAAAUGAAUAUACGGGCAAUAGUCGCAAACCGACACCGUCGCAUCAACCCGCUACUUUGCAACAACAACAACAACAACAGCAGCAGCAGUUGCACACUGUAACGACUGUAACGACAGUUGCCACGUCGAGUAGCCAAGCCAGCAGCAGUGGGGGCACAAAUGGUAUUAGCAGCAGCAGCAGCAGCAGCAAUAGCAGUAUUGCAAUGGUUGAACAACAUUUGCAUGAACUCACAGCAAGAGCGCAACCCUACUACGACACCACGGCGAGUAGUUUUACUGGCAACACAACUAAUACUCAUGCCUCACCACAGGCAGCUACCGAGAUGCCAGAGCGCGUAUGGCAGGAUUGCAUAACAAAUACAUUGCAUGUGACAUAUGCGGCUAGUGUUGCUGCUACAGCAACGAGCAGUGGCGCCACCAGCGCGCAAAUAACUUGUUCAUCCCUCUCUACAACCACCGGCGGAGUUUCGGCCACAACUGCGACCGGUAGUGGUACAGUAGGUGGCGAGGACUGUAAUUCCACCAGCUCCACCAGUGGUGGUAAUAAUGGCAACAGCGAUAACAAUGGCGGCGGCGGUGGUGGCGUCGGUAGUGGCGUUUGUAGUGCCAUGAGCACGCAAAAUGCCAACACAAAUCCUAGUGAUGCAAAUGGAAUGGAGGCCAAACUGCGCAUGCAGCAACUGCAAUUUUGGGGAUUUGUCGAUCCAAUGGAGAAAGCACCCUGUACAUGCACAAAACUUUCAUCGUCGUCGUCGUCGUCAUCGUCGACACUGUCGUUUCUCACACAUACUACUUCUAGCAGCAAAAAGACUGCAGCUUCUACUACUACUUCUUUGUCAAUGACAUCCCCUAUAUAUAGUGUUUCCGGGCCGGCUUCGUCAGUGCGUCUGAGCAACAGCAUGAUGAUGGCAUUGGGUGGUAAAAUGCAUACCGGCUCGGUGGUAUGCGGCAGCGGCAGCACCAACAGCACCACCAGCAAUAGCCACCAACAGCAACAACAACAACAACAAUCACAACAAUAUCGUACAACAUUAUUUUCGCCGCCAACAACGGCAACAACAGCAACAUCAUCAUCAUCUUCGUCUGUAUACCACAGCAAUGUAAAAAGUACCACAUCUCGUACAACAACAACAACAACAAUGUGUAUACCAUUCCAUCGGCGUCAACAAUAUGACUUUAACUCCGAUAACAACACUAGUGGCGGCCGUAACCAUUUGUAUGCGAAUAUGAGCAAUUCGAUAUUGAGGUGUCGUAGCGAAAGCGUUGGCGGUGGCAGUGGUGGCGUUUGCUUUGACGUCGUUGACGGUGCAGUGGAUACAGUAGACGCUGCCGCAGCUGCUGCUUCCAAUGGCAUCACUACUAUGCAUUAUCAAACUUCAGACACCAUACCAAAGCAAAGAACUUUGAAUCCCGCAUCGAUGACACCACAUGAUACCCCGCAUGGCGGCGCUUCAACCUAUUCGCGCAACUCUGUGGGCGACUUGUUGCCUGUGCCAUCGGUGGGUUCACCUGGCACACCCGCACAAUCGCCACAUCCGAAUUCAACGCUAUCACAGCCGACAUCCGUACCACCGGCCGAUCAAUUAUCAACAAUGAGUCCACGCGCACCACCAUCCGUACCGAAUUUGCAACAACCACCAACACCGAUCGAUCAUCUAUUGGAUAAGAAUACACCGGCGCCUACACCCACCGAUCAGCAUGAUAAUAAAAGCAUCACCACAUCGCCCUAUGUGCGGCCUACGCCAAGCGUUGAGCCGCCACCCUCGGUUGAGGCGGGUAAUGGUGGUGGUGGUGGUGGUGUGUCUGGUGUGGGACCAAAUGGGCCGGGUAGCGUGCCACAACCACCCAGUGUGGGACGUUGCACACCGACUAUAGGCGGUCAGCAGCAGCAACAGCAACAGCAAGGUUCGCAAGCACAAUUAUCGGGUAACACCGGAUCUACUACGCCUCAAUGUGGCAGUAUAACCAUUAAGAAAUUUGAGGUGCAUCAACCGUCUUUGUCAACACUAAGUGCUGAUCAAAUCAAAACUGAACCCGGUUAUGCGCCAACGCCCCUGGCGGGUGGCGUUAGUCGAAAUGGCCUGCCAGUGGUUUCGAUGGCAUCUGGCAUGUCGGCAGCAGAUGCCAUCAACGAUUAUUGGAAGUCCUUUAAGAUGCCAGAAAUCAAAGUGAAGGACAUCGAUAGUUUCGCCAAUGACGACUGCUCCAAAUAUAAUGUAUUGUAUGAUUUUACGUUUCAAAAUGCUUGGGCGAAUCAUCCAAUGAAACGUUUCAAGCAAAACGAAGUGACCAAACCUUAUCGAAGUAUGUGUACCAAAAAUCUCUAUGAAGGUCAUACCCACUCCAAACCGCUUAUGCCGUCACCGGGCUCAGUAUAUGGUUCGCAGCUGCUCUCUAUAGAUGCUUCCCUGAGUUCGCUUUCUGGCGCUGCUAUGAAUGCAGCAUCGGUGGGUGGAAGUAGCAGUGGCGGCUUGGUGGGCAUAGCCGCUCAUUGUGGCAAUAUCACGAAUAUUAAGGAGGAAAAUGUGGGUAGUGAUGGCAAUGGUAACGCAGGCGGCUACUUCCGUGGUCUGGACAUACAAACCACAGAUGCACUACAGGGUACAGCUUCACCUUGUAAGGAUGGCAAGAGCAGUGCGAGUGGUAAUCUCUACACCGCUGAAGGCUUAAACCCAACCAUGAACGAUCUGGAGCAGCUGUUCGAGACGUCGAACGAUGGCUGCGGCAGCGUGCAAAUACAUACACCGCCCGACUCGAACAACCCAUCCAAUGGCUCUACUGCAACGACUACAAUUGAUGAUCUCAAGCGUAGCACCGCAGUUGCUGCUGCCGUCAACGCCAGUGCGGUCGCGAUUGCUGCAUUGCAAAAUUGUUCAAAUACACCGAAUGCCACUAAUGCGAUUGGUAAUAAUGGUAGCAGUAAUGGUGGCGGUAGCGGCGGUCCCGGUAUGAUACAGGCGGAGGAUCUGACCAAGAUGUUUCCUACACCACCAUCACACGAACAGCACCAUCCCAAUUCCAGUCCGUGUCAAAUGGACAUACAAAUGACGGAUCUCAGUGUAAUUACUGCUUCAACUACAAUGUCGGGCAGCUUGGAGACGGGUAUGGGUGGUAUGAUUAAAAUCAAACAAGAAUACUUUGCCGAACUGGGUAGCCCAGUUGAGGAACCAAUCGAAGAUUGGUCUUAUGUUUAUCGUCCGCCGAAGCGUGCCAAGUUUGUGGGUUCAUCAAAGUACGCGCCUCUAACAAAUCUACCUAGUCAAACACUUCCGCCACUGGCGUUGCCAGCGAAUUGCACUUACAAACCAUCUUGGACGACACAGAAGUCACGCGCUGUGGUCGCUGCUCAAGCUGCCGCCGCACAACAGCAGCAGCAACAGCAAUUACAACAGCAACAGCAACUGCAACAACAACAUCAGCAACUUCACGAACUACUCUCAGCAGCGCCGCGUACACCGCUGCAACAACCACGCACACCUUUGGGCCCCAUACCAUCGCCAAUGCACUCCAAUACGGUGCCCACGCCCUUGAGCAGUGGUGGUGGUGGCGCCGGCGGCGGCAAUAAUCUACUGCUGAACCAGCUAAACUGUCCGCAGGCAGCACUCACAAAUACGCCCGGCAGUACGAGCAUGCAGCAGAUGAUGCAACGCGCUGGCAUGUCACCGAUAUCGCCAUCACCCGCCUCGGUUGUUCCAUUCCCGAUGAUGCAACCGCAACGGCAUCCACCGCCACCUUACGAAAUGGCUGUGGCCAGUCCGGCCACCUCAACAUCCUCGUAUUUGAAUAAACAGUAUCAUUCACAGGAGCAUCCGCCAACGCCACAAAGCGUGGGAAUGCCUUCAACACAUCUACCUAGACCGCUGAGCGCCGCUGGCAAUCUGCCAUCCACUGGUGUAACGACUGGUGCCGUGGUGGCGCGUGAGUUACCCGAAGUCAGCUCUCUGAUCGUGAAUAUUCUGCUGUACGACACGGCGUUGAACGUGUUUCGAGAUCACAAUUUCGAUAGCAGCACUGUUUGUGUGUGUAAUGCGGAUUCGCAGAAAGUGGGUAACAUACGUGGCGCCGACUCGGGUGUUUAUGUGCCUCUGCCCGGUGGCAGCUUUAAUCCAUUGCCGCCUUCUACAACUGCAAGCGGGAGCACCGGUGUGGCCGGUAUCGGCGGAAAUAGCGGUAGUGCUGGUGGUGCUGCAACUGCCGGAGGAAAUAUGCGCUUGUUAAGUGCCUUUGGUGGUAGUGCUUUGGAUUCACCAGCAUCGUUGCCAGGUACAUCCGGACAUACGGGAUCAGGUUCAUCUUCCUCCUCCAAUACUCCUGCCAGCAAUCAACACAUUACAGGGUACGUAGACGACGAUCCGGUAGAUUGUACCUGUGGUUUUAGCGCUGUUGUCAAUAGACGACUUGCAUUUCGAGCUGGUCUCUUCUACGAGGAUGAAUUGGAGAUAACGGGUGUUGCCGAAGAUCCCGCCCGAUACAAGAAACAGUCAUUACCUUCGCUGAUAGCAAAUUUAGCAGCCGCGCUCACACCAUCUGCUGCGAAAUUGGUGCCCUCCAUACCCAUCAAGGGCGCCAACGCAUUGGUACCUGCACAAGCAGAUAAGGCUAAUCACGCGCAACCCGAUGCGCAGUCACUGCAAAACGCACACAUCAUCUUCGAUUUAUUGCUUGAACAAUGUUCGAUUAUUCAAACGUCUAGCAGUUCUGUGCACCGAGCUUUACAGCGUCACCGACAUCGUUUAGCACGACAAAGCCGACAACCGCAAUCGGUGGCCGCGAUCUCCAAUGUACUAGAGUUCGUCGAUGCGAAUGAUGUGAUGUGCUUGGCGCUCGAGCAAGCGAGAUUGGCUUUCGAAAGCAAUCGUAUGGAUGUUAAUGAGUUUUCUAGCCAAAAUCAACUCUCACCUUUCGAUCCCAACCGACCUGGCGCCACCAAACGGCAUCAUCAACUCUUCGGCAGCAGAUUAACAGUACACAAAUGGCCGUACAUUCCUGUGGGCUUCUCACGCAGCAACAAAGAGAUUGUGCGCACCAUGAACUUCAUACAGCCAAUGUUGCAAAAUGCAUUCCAUUCAAAAUCGCGUAGUGCGGCGGGCAGCAAAGAUGCUACUUACACCGUAAGCGGACCAUUGACCUGGCGACAGUUCCACCGUUUGGCUGGACGUGCAUCGGGUCAAUGCGAACCACAACCUAUACCAUCGGUGAUUGUUGGACAUGACAAGGAUUGGGUUUCAGUGGCACCACUAGCCAUACACUAUUGGGACAAACUGCUGCUGGAGCCUUAUGCGUAUGCGCGCGACAUUGUUUAUCUGGUUGUAUGUCCGGAAACCGAAUUUGUGGUGCAGAAUACGAGAACAUAUUUCAGAGAAUUGAGUUCUACAUAUGAAAUGUGUAAGUUGGGUCGUCAUACACCCAUACGCGGUUGGGAUGGUUUAUUGACGGUGGGUCCACGCUCACCCACUGAUAAAACACCAAAUAACACGCCAUUAGACGAUUGGUUGCGCACCUUAGAUAAUACCGCUUUAGCCGAAAAAAUACGUCUCUAUGCGAGCGCGUUUCAUAAUCAAAUAGCGCCGUACCUAAAUCGUGUGCCCGGCGACAAGACUUUACUAAAUCCACCUGAAAAUAGCAGUUGCCAACCGGGAGCCGGACGCGAACGUGGCACUACCAGUCCAAUGGGUAGCAUGAGUUCCAUGCAUAGUUCGAUGAGCGGUGUUGAACAAGACAAAACGCACAACUCGCCGCCCAAGAUGGAGAGCAUGGAUCAACAGCAGCAGCAACUCCAGCAUCAGCAGCUGCAGCAUCAACAGCAACAACAACAGCAGCAGCAACAACAGCAGUCUUCUGCCGACUCGGUUGACAUGAAGCCAGACAUCAAAUCUGAUACAAAACCACCAAUAGUGCUUAGCGAUCCUUUAGGUAUGGGCGAAGCAAUGGAAGAAAUCAAUCCACCGGCAAUCGUGUUGUACGUAGUUGAACCCUUCACAUUCGGUUCCGACUCACCCGAACUGGAGCGUUUAGCGUGUAUAGCGUUGCUGCGCUGCUACGCCGAACUCUUAAAGUCCAUACCAGAUUCGGUACGUGCUAAUAUCAAUAUACAAAUCAUAUCGUUGGAAUCGAUAGUUGAAUUGGGACGAUCGCGUACACGAAAACGUUUCUCGGACGAAAUCCGUUGCUUGGCAUUGAACAUAUUCUCGCAGUGUCGUCGUCAUAUGGUGCACACGCAGGCCGUGAAGAGUCUGACUGGCUUCGGCACAGCAGCCAAUAUGGAAGCAUUCCUCAAGAGCAAAGACGACAAGAAUCGACAACCAUAUAAAAUGUACACACCACCGUAUGUGUUGGCGCCGAUGCAUGAGAAGAACGACAAGACAGACUUCUCCCGCCAAUCGUCCAGCAUGCGCGCACUGAACGAGCAAAAGUAUUCCGUUAUGUAUUGCAACUAUUGUUUGAGUGAAGAUCAGAGUUGGUUGCUGGCCACCGUGACCGAUGAUCGUGGUGAGAUGUUCGAAAAGAUCAUUAUCAAUAUUGAUGUACCGAACCGUGCGCGCAGACGUAAGGCGCCGGCGCGACGUGUUGGACUCAAGAAACUGAUGGACUUCAUAAUGGGUUUGAUCUCACAGACGGCACAUCAUUGGCGGUUGGUGAUAGGCCGUAUUGGACGCAUCGGUCACAGUGAAUUGAAGUCUUGGAGUUCUUUGUUGAGUAAACAAAAUCUACAGAAGGCUUCCAAGCAACUCAAGGAUAUCUGCAAGCAAUGUUCAUUCAUGUAUCCACCUGCCAUACUGAGCGCCUGCUUGGUAACACUGGAGCCUGACUCGAAACUGCGCGUUAUGCCCGAUCAAUUCACGCCGGAUGAGCGGUUUUCGCAAAUCUCCAUGCAAAACCCAUUAUCCACACCACAAGAUGUAACAUGCACACACAUACUAGUGUUCCCAACAAGUGCCGUUUGUUUGUCAUUUACACGUCAAUUUCAAAAUGAGCCACAAGUGGAUUUAGAAAACGAUAUCAUAUUUGAUGAUGAUGACGAGAACGGCGGUUUCACUGAUGCCGAGCUUAUGGGUGAUCUGCUCGAUUGGGAUCCUCAACCUGGUCGCCUGUCAAAUCACUGCAGUCCCGAUCGCAUGGAAGAUAAUCGCAGCUGGCCGAGCGCCGGUGGCAAUAACUUCAACUCGGCACAGCAACAAGAUGUUGAAGAGGUGGGCUCCAUUAAUCAGCAACCGCUUGCCGUGGGCUAUAUGGUUUCUACCGCGCCAACUGGACGUAUGCCUUCCUGGUUUUGGGCAGCCUGCCCACAUUUGGAAGAUGUCUGUCCGGUGUUUUUGAAAACGGCAUUACACCUGCACGUGCCAAACAUACAGACCGCUGAUGAUAUACUCAACUCGACAAAUGCGCAUUCGUCAGCCAUAGAUCAUCCGCUGGACUCUUCACUCACUGCCGAUGUAUUGCGUUUCGUGUUGGAAGGUUACAAUGCGCUGUCAUGGUUGGCAUUGGACUCGAACACACACGAUCGUCUCUCGUGUUUGCCAAUUAAUGUGCAAAUGCUUAUGGAUCUGUACUAUCUGUCAGCAGCGAUUAUGUAAAAGCUGUAAACUUGAAAAACAAAAACCAAAACCAGUUUGUAUAUAAAGUGAAAAAAGUGUCGUCAAUUGUGUAUUGUCAAAUAUGCACUUAACUAGAUAAUAUAUGUAGCGAAUGUGUAUACUGUGCAGUAUUUUUAUACGAUAAAUGUGCGGGAUGUCGAUAAUGCGUAUUCAAUGAUUGUUGCAAUUUUAGUUAUUUUAAAAUAGUUUAAAUUAAAGCAAAAAAUAACGCAGUGGAAAGAAAUUUGUCGUUGCAAUUGUGUGUUUUUCGUGUCUAGUUUUGUGUAUUUCGUAUUUAUUAUAAUGUUUGAUAGUUUAUGCUUUUGUGAUAGAAAGUUGAGGUUAAGAACCAAAAUCAAAUAAUUUCAUUACAUACACUUCCAUAUGCACACACACAUGUAACACAAAAAUGAAUAAAAGCAAAUCAUAUGUAGCAAAUGUGCAUUGAAUAUGCAAAUAAAAGAUUUUCGUUACUGAUCCGUCGUAUAUUCGAAACGUUGCAAGCAUUUGUGCGCUUCCGUUUGCCAAACUUUCAGACGCCUAUUUGCUUUACAAUUGUCCAAGCAAGUUUAAUGCUUAACAAGUUAUGCCAAGCAAUUUAAAAAGCACACAAAUUUGAACGCAUGUAGUGUAUACUUUUGAAGAAAGUUGCUUUCUCUUCUAGUUCUUGUUUGAGAAUUUGUCCAAAUUUGAAGUAAAUAACCUAACUUGUCUUUGCAAUAAUUUUGCUUAUGUUUAUGCAAAUAUUCAAUUUUCUGACAGCUAGUGAUGACACUUAAAAGUGCAAAAAUUUUAUUGAUAAUUUUUAAUGUGUCAAUGUCCAGUGCAAGGCUACACAAAAACAUUUUGAGGAAUGUCUUUUCAUGCGAAUAAAAACGUUUCCAUUCAACUA